AUGAGCUCGGUCUGGGUCACCUCUUUCGAGAAGGAGCAUCUUUGGAUGUAUCUGCAGGCGCUCGGCUUUGAGCCAGGCCCGGCCACCAUUGCCUGCGGAAAGAUCGUGUCUCACACGCACCUCGGAGUGAACAUGUUUGACAAGCUGAAUCGUGAUGCCUUUCAAAUCGUUUCUUAUUUUUUGUUCCAAACGCUGGACCAGUCUCUCACCAAAGAAGUUUUCAAGCUUUGUUGGCCUCCGUUUGACCAAAAAAGUGACACUGAAUUCCGGAAACAUUGCUGUGAAUGGUUAAAAAAGAUUUCUGCUGAAUGUGGAAGUGGCUUUCCUCAAGUUGUUGGUUCACUAUUUCUUUCUCCUGGUGGUCCUAAAUUUAUUCAUCUGAUGUAUCAUUUUGCAAGAUUUGUUGCAAUAAAAUAUAUAAAAACCCAUUCUAGAAAUUCAUCUAUACAUUUUACAGAGACAUUUAAUGUAAAGCCACAAGAUAUGCAUAAAUGCAUUGCCAGAUGCCAUAUAGCACGCAAUAGAUUUUUACAUAUUUUGCAAAGAGAAGAUUGUGUUAUCCGAGAGUAUCAGGAAAAUGCACAAUUGUCAGUUGAACAAGUACAAAAUUUGAGAUCAGAGUGUAUGGGACAGGAAAACCAAAUAAAAAAAAUGGAACCCUAUGAUGACCAAAGUAAUAUACAAGAGAAAAUCCAAAAGGUGCGGUCAUUGUGGGCCUCAGUGAAUGAAACACUCACGUUUUUGGAAAAAGAAAGAGAAAUUGUUAAUGCAGUCCUUAGUCUUGUUAACCAGUAUACUUUAGAUGGAACUAAUGUCGCUAUCGAUAUUCCAAGGCUCUUACUUGACAAAAUUGAGAAACAAAUGGGUCAGUUGCACAUAGGAAAUGUUUAUGAGGCUGGAAAAUUGAACCUGUUAACAGUUAUUCAGUUAUUAAAUGAAGUUUUGAAAGUAGUGAAAUACGAACGUUAUCAGGCUGACCCAGCAAGACUGACAAUAGACCUUCAAUUCCUUGAAAAAGAGACCAAACUUCAGAGAGAAAGAUUAUCAGAUCUGAAGCGUAUGAGGUGUAAAGUAAAAGAAGAUCUCACAACUAUAAAACAUUCUGUUGCUGAAAGGCAAGGAGAAUGGCAUAAAAAGUGGAAAGAAUUUCUUGGUCUGUCUCCUUUCAGUCUAGUUAAAGGUUCGACUCCAGCUGUGGAUCUUUUACCACCAAUGUCUCCCCUUUCAUUUGAUCCUGCCUCGGAAGAAGUGUAUGCUAGGAGUAUUCUUUUGCGGUAUCCUGCUUCACUUCCAGAUAUACCUAAGCAACAUAACCAAGAAAAUGAUUGCAGGAGAGCCAGUGAUAUACCAGCAACUGUACAUGAUCUAACCAACAGACCUGCUUCUUUCCUGUUGCAGCCAGUUUCAUCAUCGGGUAGAAACAGUGUUAGACUGCUUGAAAAGGACAUGAAGAUAAGAACUCCUAGAGAAGGAAAUGAAACACCUCCUAAGGAAACACCAAAAUUUGAAAUGGAAGGCUCUUCAUCAUCAAAUACUGCAAGAAAUACAGAGAAUACUGCAUUUGCAGGGUCUCUGCCAGCUAAAAAUAGUGAUCCAUUCCAAAAAGAGCAGGAUCAUAUGGUAGAAGAGGUUGCAAGGGCAGUUUUAUCUGACUCACCACAGCCCUCUAAAGGAAAAGAACUAAAAUUACAGGAACUAAUUGAUACUCUAGUUUCUAACCCAUUCUUAACAAGGAACCAAAUUCCCCGAACGCCAGAAAAUUUGAUAAGCGAAAUUAGGAGCUCAUGGAGAAAAGCUGUGGAAAUGGAAGGUAACAGAAGUACAGAACUAAUACAGAUGGAUACCGAAGAUAGAGAAAUAUCACCAGAAUCCUUACCUGUGUUGCAAAAUCAAAGAGAAUUUAGCAGGACCAGUUUUCUCUCAGCAACCUCUGUAUCCGAUUCUAGCCACUUCCAUUUGCCUGAAGAGAAAGUUGUUUCCGAUUGCCUCAAGUGUGUGCCUCAGAAACAUGCGGGGACCAGUCACAUUGGUGGACUGUCAACACAACAUCAGUCAGAUGUGUUAAACAAGAAAAUAAUGGACAAGCAAGGUUUGGAGUGUGCAGCGUUACAGAACAGGCUUUUAGAAACUAGCCAAACAGAGACAUUCUCCCCUGCUGUAGGUAAUAGGAGAGUUGUGAUGGGCAGCAGUGAAGAGGAACAUGUUAAAAUAGCAGACCACUCAAAAGCUUCUUACAAAGAACCUUUCGUGCAUAAAAGUAUGUUAUGGGACUCUUUUCAAGUAUCAAGUGGAAUUAGUUCCACAAGUUUAAAGGAUAUUGAUUUUGGCAUAUUACAUGAAACUCUUCCAGAAGAAGUUGGUCACUUAAGUCUUAAUAGCUCCACUAGUACAGAGGCCAAUUUUAAACUGGAACCAGAUAGUCCUGUGCACAGUGGCAUUUUUCCCGAGGAUGUUGUGGGAGAAAGACCGACUACUCCAGAAUCAGACUUUAACUUACAGGCUAUUUGCCGUAGAUAUGAAGCUCUGAAAAAAUCUCUGUCCAAGAAAAGAGAAGAAACUGACUUUUCCAAUCCUGAAACACUUGAAAGACACAAACCAGAAUUGAGCCCUACUCCCAGAAACAUGCAAACAGAUGAUAUGCUUGACUUUUUGAACAGUCAUGAUUUGCACACUGACUAUACAAAACCGUCUUUACGCAUGUCCCUUGGUGAAAGGAAACAGUCUCUUUCACCACUAAUUAAGUUUUCUCCAGUGGAACAAAGAUUGAGAACCACAGUACCAUGUAGUUUUGGAGAACUUCUACCUAACUUAAAAGAAGAAGAAGUCUUGAAUAAGAGCCUUGAUGAAACAAAUCUCCAUCAGACUUGA